AUACAAAAAGAGCUGUCCUCAGGGCAGAAGAAGUUUGAAAUCGAGCCGUCCCCGGUAUGGGUCUGUGACUUCUUUUUUGCACUCACUGGUCACUCAGGCAGAACCUCGCUUUGCUAUGUUUGGACCGGGUUUGGAAGAGCUGGACAACUCUUUAGUGCAAAAGAUGAUGACAUGCCCAGAAAUUCUGCUGGUAACUGGCCUACCUCAAAGACAAAUUCAUGGAAUUGGAUCAGGAGUCAGUUUUCAGUAUAAUAACAAUCAAAAAUUCAAUAUUCUGACACUGUAUUCAACCACAAGCGUGGAAAGGAGGAGAGCAAGGGCAGAGCAAGCUGUUGCUGUGAAUAAGAUGUUUUACCAAGAGAACAGCACAGAAGGGAAUCAGCAAGCUGUGCACUACAGUGUAAUAGAUCAAGUGAAGAAAGUGUGCGAAGUCGUCGAUGGAUUCAUUUAUGUUGCUAAUGCAGAAGCUCAUAAAAAGCACAGUCGGCAGGAGGAACUGGCUCGUGUUCUGGCAAUGAUUGAUCCAACCCUUGGGCCGCCGAACAGACCUCUGCUAAUUUUGUCCUGCAUCUCUCACAGUGGGGUGAAAAGAAUUCCCUGUGUUUACAUGGCACAUCAGUUGCAACUAAAUCUGCUACAUCAGCCCUGGAUGGUGCAGGACACUGUAGCUGCCACUUUAGACGGAUUGCUAAAUGGAAUUGAGUGGCUCCUGGAAGAAGCAAAUUGUAAAAAUGCACAGUAA